GCGAUGCUGUCAAAAACACGCCAAACGUUUGUUUUCUUGUUUUUGUACGGUACGAGAGGGGUGUUUUUUCGCCUCAUGGAAGGGAAAUGGUAAAAACGGCAAGGGGAGGCGAGAGAGAAAUAUCUGCCGUCGAAAUCAUCGUCAUCGUCGUCGUCGAAGCGCCCGUUGCCGUCGUCGCCGCUUCUCGUUUUUCCGAUAGUUGUGUUGUUUUUCCUUUUAACAAGCUACAAAAAAACCGCCCACCGGUGGAAAAGGCAGAACGCAACACAAGGGAAAAGUUAAGGAAAGUGAAGAAUAAACCCGCUACAGCGCAGGGGUUUUUUUUCCUUGGUGUGUUUCCGUAACGUGCACAACACGGGCCAUCAGCAGUGUGUGGAUGCAACUUGGCUAACCAACAGGGGUGGGCAACACCAACACGCACGCAUACGCACCCUGAUCCUAAUCCGGAGCUGCGUGUGUUUGGAGAGCCAAAAUAUCCUGCUAAACUGUGAAGGAAAAUCCCCGUACGAUCGGCAACGAAGACGGUGCAGACUGGUGCGAAAAACGUCACCUCCCCAUACACAUACACACACCCCACUUCCAUCACGGCACACAGAAGCGCCGACAGUGAUACGGAAAGGGCAGCGCUUCUCUCGGUGUGCGUGUUGUGUUAUUGUAAACGCGUAAGUGUGAGACGGUGGGGCGGAAGGGGAGAUUCUUGAAUGGGAGUCUAAGAACGACAUCUCCCCGAAAUAUACAUCUUCCGCCCCUCAUCAGAACGAGCCCUACACAACCGUACACGGAUGGGUGGGUCGAUGGUUGCUGUAGCAACGUGGAGAAGACGUCACACCAGGACGAGAAAGAGAAGGGCCACGGUUGAUGUACGGCACCGUACGAGUGAUGCGUUGAUCUCUGGCUAUGCGUGAUUGUGCUGUGUAGCAUGAUGUGUGCGAAUAUGAGCAAACAUAUCUUCUAAACAGAAGCUGCAGCGCUGCAUCCAAUACGCAAGAUAUGUGAAGCAGAGUGAAAGAGAAAGGAAAAACAAACGCACACAAACACACGUGCGGGAGAGCAGCAUGUGAUGCAGUGGAAGGAAAAGUGCAAGAAAAAAGAAAAACACACGAGAAGAGGACAAAGGGGGAUAGCCUGCUACGGAAUUGUUUUCUCGUAGUGGAAGAAAACGUUGAAUGAAACAAAAAGCAACAGUGAUUUAGGUUUGAGGCAAUCAACGCAGAAAGAAGGGCCCUGUUCGUUAUCAUAAUUUACACAGCGCCAAAAUUAAUCACCCAUAGAACAAACAAGCACAAAACGCAUUUUAUUGGCACUGAUCGCUCAAACCAGACUUGUAAACGCGCCCGGUAAGCGACCGCUUACGCACCAGACACAACAACAAUCAGCUCGUUCGGCUGCACCGCGCUCUCCUUUUUGGUGUGUUAUGUAGUGGCGUGGCGUGUUGCUACGCUUUUCACGGAUAUCUAUUUGAUCCUGUUUCAUCAGAGAUACAAUUUAAUAUCAGCUUUGCAAGUUCUAUGCUCCAACGGGGCAACUCCUUCUAGGGAAACAAGGGAUAUAAACGACGGCUGGCGGCUACCCUAUUAGAAGCUGUCUCUCCUUUUGUGCGACGCAGAGCAAAAAAUCCCAGACGCGAAGGACAGUUUUUCAAGGCAGGAUGAUUGAGGGAUGGCUAAAUUGCAACAAUGUGAUCAGGGCAGGAUCAUACCGCGUUGUUGUUUUUCGCAACUGUAAUUAAAACGUUCCGCUGUAUGUGUGUGGUUUUGCGUGUGACAAUUCUGCUUGUCUCGGAAGCUUUUCUGUGAGUGGUAGUAUCCUUUUUUUUUGUUUAUGUGCGGUCCCGUGUACCCGGGUGUAUGUAUGCGUCGGUGCGUGCGUCCUUACGACCGUCAUCCGUUCCUGCGUGUAUGCUAUUUGUUAACCAGGUGCCGGACAAAGAGUAAACCGAAAAGCAUUAGUGUGCAUCAGCGUGCGUGUGUGAUUAAGGACAGCCUAGCGAUGGCUCGACGGACAGUGUAAGCGGCAAUCAUCCUCAAGACGCAUUUUACAUCGGGUUUAAUGCAGAUAACAGUGCGUUCUGUUUGCAAAUUCCUCUAGUGAGACACACCUGACACACCCGGAGGAUUGGAGGAAAACAUUUAAAACGAAAUCGUUCCGCCAUUACAUACUUUCCUUCAACAAAAUUGUUCCUAUCCUUUUUCCCUCACAAAAAAAAAUUUAAAAGUGAACGGUAAACAAUCAAUACGCCCCAAUCAAGCGCAAGGAAAGAAAACAAAAGAACCCGCUCCGCAACAAAAACCGGGAGCGUGCGAUCAACCCCUCUGCUCCACCCUAACAACGGAUGGUUCCUUUCCUCUCUCGGCUAAACGGCACGACCCUGAAAAAAGCACGUGACAGUCUGGCAGCGCACGUUUCCUCACACAACACCGUGGCAAACGUAUUCUUCCCGUAUGUAAUAAUGUGCGCAAGUGUGCUGCUCUACGCAUCCAACAUGCAGUCGCAUCAGAGAAUGUGCCGGAAUCUACCUCGUCUACAACAUCUUAGGCAACCGUACGAAAGGUUCCCCAUGAGGAGAAGAUGCAGAUCGACGAGGUGGCACUAAGAAGAAGAGGAAGCAACAACCCAAUACAGAUGAAGGCGGAUAAUGCUGCUGCAGGUGGCUUCUGGGCCCGGUGAAGAUCAGACAAAAAUCUAACAAAGGACCAAAUGAAGUCAGAGCUGAUGGAAUGCGACCAGUAGCAAGUGAGCCGAACACAGGCACGCAACAAUCGCAAGUGUUCCUUGCUUGAUAUUGAUCGGCUUCAGGACAACAAUCGCCGCAGUUCCCUUCAGUCGGUAGACACCAUUCGAGAGCGACGGUACCCGGUAGCAGAAGCAAACAAUUGUGUAGUAAGUUGUUCGAUCAGUUAACUGAAAAGAUGAUGGCAAAAAUGAAAUCAGAUUGUAAUAUAGCAUACUACAGCGUUUUAAGAUUAGCGUACUAAGGGAAAGUGUUUCGCCGUAAAUUUUGCUCCCCGAUAAAUCGGCCGGCUGUGUGGAAGGCUCCAGACAUACGUGGACGGUGGAGUUUACUCAAACGACGUAUAUCAUUAGAAAAUAUGGACAUUUUCCUAGCAUAGAACGCUAGAAAGGCAUCCAUCCAACCCAAGUGCAAUAAUGCGUGCAAGCAAAGUAUGUGUGUUCUUUUCAAUGUAAGAGAUGUAUGUGAAAACCAUGUUACGGCAAAUAUGUGCAAAGAUAAAACGAAAUAGUGUGAUUAGGCUAGAUGUAUCGAUAGGAAGCGUAUGAAGAUUAAUGCUAAGCGCCUAGGCUAUGGAUAUAACUAUCCAGCUGUAAAGGUUACGGAAGUUCAUGUACUAGGGACUUGGAAUAGAAAAUUGUACAGUAAGUAUUUGAGCGUUCUAUAUGUAAGAAAUUUUGUGUAUUAACGGCACACACACAUACACGCACGAACAAUCGUCGACGACGAAUGAUUCAUACCAAAACCCCGCUGGAGGGGAGAAAAAGAGUCACCAAAUGCGCUUCAUUUGCUAUACAAAUAGGAUAAAGAAGAAACAGAUCCAUUUGCGCUGGUUGGCUAUUUGUUAAAACGGGAAACAAACUUGUUUUUUAUCAAGCUUGAGACGUUUAAAAACUCUCCUCCACAAACCAUUCCAUUUGAGCGCUCGUUAAAAAGGAUAUUACUAUCCUAGAGGUAUUGAAGAAAGGAAACGUAUUUCAAAUUUGUUGUUUUUCGGAGAGGACAAAAAAAGAAAAAGAGUUCAGUUAGGGAAGCAAACGUAACGUCCUCUCCCGGUGUAGGGAAGAUCUCCCCCCUAAACCAGGGGGAGAGGAAGGGAGGAAAAGAUAGGACAGGGAGGGGAGCAAAAUAGGAAUAGAGAGGAAAUAUGCAACAAGGGCGAAACGUGACGACUACCAUGAAGCGAACCGCAAACACAACCAUACCGGAGAACGAUUCCGGGAGGCAAGUGGUGGCACACCGGAUCUAUCUGCAACAGCAGCGGCAGCUGCAGCAGCAGCAGCAGCAACAAUACCAGCAGCAACAACACCAGCAGCAACACAAGCAGCGUCCCAUGUUUGACUACGAGUUCUGGAAGAAUCCGGAAGAAUCAACCGAACUGCACUUCCUAAUGCCGAACGGUGUGAUGAUCACGAUGUGUAUGCCGAUCCAUGUAACGCUGGAAGAGCUCAAAACGGAUGUUUGGGAAGAAGCGGAACGUUAUCCGCUGUACUGCCUGCUCGGUGACAAGAACAAGUACUGCUUCAGUACGCUGGCAUCGGGCAGAACGAAUUGUAACACCACGCACGAAAAUGAGGCAACCCGGCUGAUGGACGUCCAGCCUGCCCUCGGCAUAAUGCGGUUCGUCGAGAAGAGCAACGUGUCGGAGAAUACCAAGCUGAUGGAGAACAUCAACAUCCUGCUCGACGGCAAGCUGCCGGUGAAAACGCUCGUCAACCCGGAGGUGAACGAUUUCCGCGCGAAGAUGAGCAUGCUGAGCGAGGAGAUCGGUAGCAGACGGCAGGUAAUGACGCGGAUGGAGCGUAUCGCCUACCAGUAUCCGGCGAAGCUGGUGAGCGGUUUGCACGUACCGGAGCAGAUCAAUCGCCGGCUCGCGAACGGUGACGGUAACUUUUGCGUGGUUGCGAUCAGCACCGAUAUGCAGGUGACGGUAAAGGUACCGUGCCGGGCAACACCGGACGAGGUGCUGAACCGAAUACUCGAGAAGAAGCGUAUCUCGAUGAAGGCGCGGAUGGACAACAGUACCGACUUCAUACUGAAGGUGUGCGGACGGGAGGAGUACAUCUACGGGGCGCAUCCGAUGAUAUGCUUCCAGUACGUGCAGGACUGCCUGUCGCGUGAUGAAACGCCUACAUUCGUACCGCGGCUGGUCCGUUCGGUGGAGGUGUUCAAGAGCGACAUCUAUGACGCGCGGGACGAUUUUACACAGUGGUCGAGCACGACCACGACGACCAACACGACGUCGGCACUGGUAUCGACCGCCAGCUCGGUGUCAACCAUGUCGCUCGUCUCGACGGCAUCGAGUACGGCCAGCAGUGGUACGAUGGGCAAACAUAACAGCAGUAUUGCGGGUGCAAUUAACGCCUACAGCAACGUCGGCAGCAUUUACGGCAACCAGUCACAGCAGUCGCACACGCUGCGAAAGGUGAAGUACAUCACCAGCUGGGAGGUAAGUGCAAAGCUGCAGUGCACGGUGCACGAGAUCCGUGGGCUAAACAUCGAGUCGGACAAGGAGCUGGGCGUGCAGCUCGGUCUGUUUCACGGCGGUAAGUCACUGUGCAAGACGGUGCGGACGCGCAUGGUGAACGUAAACGGUGGCGUUGCCUUCUGGAACGAGACGAUCUUUCUCGAUAUCAGUGUGAGCAAUGUGCCGCGUAUGGCGCGUCUCUGUCUGGUGGUGUACGAGAACCAUCGUACGGCAAAGGGUACGGGCAUACGGACGCGCCGCACCAAGGACGGACUGAUUAACCCAAUUGCCUGGGUGAACACGAUGGUGUACGACUACAAGAACCAGCUCAAGUCCGACUCGGUCACGUUGUACACGUGGGGCUACGAGGAGGACGCCCAGUCGGAGGAUAUUCUGCAUCCGCUCGGAACGGUCGAGCCAAACCCGACCCGGGACAAUAUGGUUGUGUCGAUGCUGUUAAGCUUCGGUCCGUAUGGACCGGAAGGGCGCAUCAUCGUUUACCCGGGCGAGGAGGAAUUGUUAUCCCACGCAGCGAAGAUGAGCCACCGGAACGAGCAUCUGAACCGCGAAAGCGCGGAAGAUACACGCUCGAUCAAAGCGAUCAUGUCCGCGUACAUGUAUAACGACCGACUGAACGAUAUCCACGAGCAGGAUCGUAACGCAAUCUGGGCGAAACGGCGCGACUGCAUGCUGCAGAUGCCGCAGGGUUUGCCCUGUCUGCUGUACUGCGUCGAGUGGAACAACCGAGACGAGGUGUCGGAAAUUGUAUCGCUGUUGCAGGAGUGGCCGAAGCUACUGGUCGAACGGGCACUCGAGCUGCUGGACUAUGCGUACGCGGAUAAGUACGUGCGCCGGUACGCUGUCGACUGUUUGCGCACGAUCGAGGACGACGAGCUGCUGCUCUAUCUGCUGCAGCUGGUGCAGGCGCUCAAGCACGAGUCGUACCUGAACUGUGAUUUGGUGUACUUUCUGUUGCAGCGUGCCCUUCACAACCAACACAUCGGUCACUAUCUGUUCUGGCAUCUGCGUUCGGAGCUGUCCGUACCGUCCGUGCAGGUACGGUUUGGGCUGAUACUGGAAGCGUACCUGCUCGGCAGCCCGGAACACGUCGGUGUGCUGCUGAAGCAGAUGCAGUGCCUGCGUUACUUGCAGGUCUGCUCGGACAAUGUGAAGAAGGGCAGCAAGGAGAAGGGACGCGCACUGCUGAUGGAGCAGCUGGCGAAGGAGGGUCAUCUGACGAGUGAUCUGAUCAGUCCGCUAAAUCCCAGCUUCCGGUGCAAGAGCGUCCGUACGGAGCGCUGCAAGGUGAUGGACUCGAAGAUGCGCCCACUGUGGGUCGUGUACGAGAACAGCGACCCGAACGGUGACGAUAUACAUAUGAUAUUCAAGAACGGUGACGACCUGCGCCAGGACAUGCUGACGUUACAGAUGUUGCGCAUUAUGGAUCGGAUCUGGAAGAACCACGGGCUGGACUUCCGGAUGAAUCCGUACAGCUGCAUCAGCACCGAUCACAAGCUCGGGCUGAUCGAGGUCGUGCUGAAUGCGGAAACGAUCGCAAACAUCCAGAAGGAGCGGGGCAUGUUUUCGGCCACCUCACCAUUUAAGAAGGGUUCCCUGCUGGCCUGGUUGCGCGAGCAUAACAACACGGACGAGCUGCUGGCGAAAGCGAUCCAGGAGUUUACGCUCAGCUGUGCCGGCUACUGUGUUGCGACGUACGUGCUCGGUGUUGCCGAUCGCCACUCGGACAACAUCAUGGUGAAGAAAACCGGUCAACUGUUUCACAUCGAUUUCGGGCACAUCCUUGGACACUUUAAGGAGAAGUUUGGGUUCCGGCGGGAGCGUGUACCGUUCGUACUGACGCACGACUUCGUAUAUGUGAUCAACAACGGGCGGACAGAUCGGGAGGCACAGGAGUUCUGUCAUUUCCAGAAGCUCUGCGAAGAUGCGUUUCUUAUUCUUCGCCAGCACGGAUGUCUCAUACUGUCGCUGUUCUCGAUGAUGAUAUCAACCGGGCUGCCGGAACUGUCAUCGGAGAAGGAUCUCAACUACCUUCGGGAAACACUGGUACUGGAUAAAACGGAGGAGGAAGCACGUACACAUUUCAAGCACAAGUUUAGCGAAGCGCUUGCCAACUCGUGGAAAACGUCGCUCAACUGGGCGUCGCACAAUUUCUCCAAGAACAAUCGCCAGUGACAGCAGUCUUAUACCGGGCGCAACCAUCAAACGAUGUAGUAGUAAUAGUAAUAGUGCCCCCCCAUACCUCUCCCUCCCCCUCCCACGAGGAGGAGGAAAAGGGUUUUGGGUGCGGCGAGAGGUGCAAGACUUUCCGACCGAUGGGUAUUGUCCGGUGUCCGGUGUUCCCGGUCGGGUGGUGGUGGGUUCGUUUUGAAUUGUAUUCCUUUCAUAACACAUGUAUUCUUGUAUCGACCGCUGAGUGCGAUAUAUCUUUAUAUCAUAAGCGUAUGUGUACUAAUGGAUAGGAAUGUCGAAGAUAUUAGAUGCAGGUAUAGGGGGUAAAUCAAUUCGGAGAAAAACAAGAAGGAAAACAUCAGUUUUCCUAAUGCCGAAUGUGUGCAUGUGUGUGUUUGAUAUUGAACUUUUAUUUUAAACACUUGGUUGUGUUUGAAAAGUUUUUACUUUGUUUCGUUUUCUUCCAAAGUUUAAUUGGAAUUAUUGUCAAAUUAGCUUACUCUGAUGCAUAUUGGUACACUACUCAGUACAACUAACCUGGCCAGGACGAACUAUACGAACUAAACGAACUAAAACCUAAAUCCCAACUAUAUGUACGCUUAUACCACAUAAGCAUAUGACUAGUAUUAGUAAUAACAAAUCCCCCUAACCACCACUUUAAUGACGUAAACGACUAUGAACUUUAGACGACAGGAACAGAGACAGAACGACAGACAGGUACUGAAUUUUCCACUAAUUAAUAUAAACACGAAUUGUGAUGAAUUUGUACAUACGCUUUUUGUUUUCACCCCAAAACCCCCAAAUGCGCUUAUGUGUGACUUUUUCGAUACCCGUCACAUAUGUGUGUACAUAUCGAACAGUUGCAACAGUACCGAGUAGUGUAAAUGUGCUAUGUUCGCAUGUUGUGAAACAGUGUGCCACUACGCUUAGAUGUGAUUUGGUUUAUUUGCGUGUUUUUCCACGCCCUGGGACAACUAACCACAUCCCCCCGAGGUGUCACAUGUUGUGCGGUGUGUGGCACGUGUCGUGAUUGUAAAACAAAAAAAUAACCUAGUGAGCUGCACAAGGAAGAAAAAGGUUUACUGUUUAAAAGUUUCGUGCAAUAGUUUUACCUUCUGUUAUAAAAAAAAAUCAGUGAUGGUAAUGUUUGUUUUUAAUCUAGCUUAGAUUAAGCCGUAUAUUAACAAAUGCGAACACACACACACAUACAUACACACAUACAUAAACUUCCAUUAUCCUUUUUAGCAACUCAUCAGAUAGAUCAAUUAGAACAAAUAGAAGAGAAAAAGAAAUCAUAACAGCAGUAUAAGCAUGUACAGGAACUCCUAUUUCCAACCUAUUUAUAGCAUCACAAUCUCUGUUCAAUGUGUUAGAUUAACUAUGUAUGAUUCUGAGUGUUGCAAUAUCCUUAGGGAUUUGUAACAUUAAAUUAACGUCAAUAUUUUCUGUUUUUCCUUCCGUUCCAAUUGUUUAUUUAACGGAACAAGUGGAACGUUUGUGUGCGUGUAUCUCUCUCUUUCCCUCUCUCUAUCUGCCGUUAUACACAUUCACAUGAAACACUCCCCCAAAUACCCCAAUACGUACUGUAUUCCGAAUGAUAAAUCUAUAUUGUUUUGUUUAUGUACUAGUGCGCGCGUGUGUAGCGUAUUUUAAAUUCAUGUAGUUCGUAAGCUUUUUCUUUUAUAUUGUUGACUUAAGAGCUAUGCUAGUUUGUCUGUAUACGAUCAUUGUAAACACAUACGUCACAGCAUUGAUAUGGAAAAAUAUGCCAGGACUUUAAGCGGAUAACAAACAUUUGAUUAGAAUUCAAUCGGCGAUUAGAAAUCACCGACGCGAGGAGUAGUAGGAUCAGAAGAGGAAGGAUAAGUGCCACGAUAGAAACCGUCUAAGGUGGUGUGGUUCAUCUUUAUGUACAUUAAUCAGAACCAGAAAACCCGGCACAAGUUUCACCGGUUUAUAUCUAUAUAUAUAUGUGUAUCGUAGGGCAAUAUGAUGGUUACAAUGGUGUGACAAUCUGGACCCGUCUUGCCAUUCGUCAGCGUGUCUGGCGCGUUGUAAUAUGUGUGUUUUGUGUAAUCGACGCUUCACACAAUCCACUCCAGGCAGGACACAAAAAGGAUAAAAGCGUUGUAUGUAAAUACUGUCUGACGGUCUGGAUCUGAGAGCUUCAGCAGGGAUUAUAUAGUUUUGUUGGAAUUAGAAGGCAAAAAAGGAAUGGAAAUGGAUCGGAAAAAGGGCUGAGCUAUCAACGUUUUACCGUUAUGUUGCUUACGUUACAUACUAUCCAUUUUCCAUCUUCAACUAUGCGUACCGAAGAUUGUUGUACCGUAAAACCAACAUGCGUAUGUUGCGAGUUCCGUUUAGUGUUGUCCAUACUGAGUAAGAAUGAGUUGAGUUGAGGUUUGUUAAUCAAUGAGUUAAAAUCGAAUCUCCAGAGUUGUUAGUUACUGAUAUGCGAUUUAACACACCCGCAGAGAGAAUGAGUUUAAUUAGCCCUUGAAUGAGCGUGUUACCGGACGAAAAUAAUUUACCUGGUAACGUUCAGGAGCAAGUGAAAAGACAACAAAAGCAGAAAUAGCCAAUAGCAAGGGUUAGCUCUCUUAUGUAAAGCUGACUCAAUUAAUCUUAGUGAGUUAUGACUCCGAUCAGUAAUAUCGUUUGCUCACGCAGCAGUAGUCCGCGCAGCACCCGAUUAUAAUGCCGGAGUUACUCCGGAGUAUACUCCGGAAUGCAACAGGGUCGGAUUACUCCGACUCCGGGAAAAUGGAGGAUUUACCCAUCACUACGCAGCUGAGCACAUGUUCAGAGUAACACACAUGCGGAACCGCGACAGGCUGACAAUUGGCUGGUAUGUUUUUUUUGUCGAUCUCAUUUAUAUUUUAUCAUCUUGAUUUCUUUUUGUUCAAUGUACAGUUGUUUUUGUUCUGUUUGUGUUUUACUUACCAACUAACGAUAAUAAUUUGUGUUGUCAAGUGCCUUUUUCGAUUUCUAAACCUAACGAAGCAAACGUUGAUCAUGCUCUCAACCCAUUUCUCCAGGAAUUCCAACUCAAGGAUAUGAGACACUUUAUUAGUAGAAUCCUGCUAAGAAUUAGAUACGGAGUAGUAAUACCUAAAGAUAAUGAUCGCAAGAAGAAGCCUACUAAGAGGAAAACGAACAAUAUUUCAUUUUUUUUAGCGCCCUUGAAGAGGGUGUACAGUUGUUGCGUGGAAGAUUUUUAUCUACUUUUGUUUAGGAGAAAGCUUUUUAUAAUAAGACUUUCAACGACAACAAGUGUAGUAAGAAACCAUUCCUUUUGACCAUAGAAUGGGUUAAUAGACUUAUACCACGUAGCUGGUCCUUGCCCAGAGUAUGGGUAGGGAUAAAGGUUUGUGGCGACGUUGUAUAAACCGUGCUUUAUACGUCUUUCACACGUCGGAGUCACCAGUUAUGGGGUUCUCAAGUAAUACGCAUCCCAUACGCAUUUGUCCGAUGCGGUCGUUUAAUGACGCGAAUACGACGCCGGUCAUCAGAUAGCUAGUCAGUGGAAAAAAAAUCUCUAAAUCAUACUUUUUUUUCUAUCUCUCAAGAUCAUUUAUUCCACGUAAUGUAACUGUUUAUCCUCUAAAUAGGCGAUUCCAAAACAGAAAGGUAAAUGUUUUCCAACCUAUGUUGUGCUAGUAAGGCGCAUGAACCCUUUUGUUGGGUUCUGUUAGACAAGGGAAACUAAUUAUUUCGACGAUGUACAGUACCACUGUACUAUACAAUGUCUAAAAUUGGGCUUAAGCUCCGAACGAAACGUUCUACAACAUAAACAGAUAUACAACCAAGCUCUGCAGGAAUAAAAAUAUCCUGCGAUCACACUAGCGAUACUAGCAGCAAAACUAGAAUCGGCUGUGAACCCCCAAGCAUAAACAUAUAUGAAAGGAACUGUGUAGCGUGAUGUUUUAUUAAGCGAGGAAUGCGGUUUCGAACGGUGCUCGUAGAAUUACACGAAAAGAAAAUGACUGGAUUGUGUGUGAGAAACAAAACAAAAAAACUAAGCGACAUCAACUACUAAAAUGAGAACGCUUAAGAUAGGAGGGCGAGUGAAGCGUGCCGAUAAAAAAAACGAAAGGUGUAUUAGUUGUAUCACAUUAUUUUUACGCAGUUAAGUAACAAUCAAAUGCUAUCGAUUAUACAUAUUACUGUAGCACUAAGUGAUAUCCUAUUAUGACUAAUAUUAAACGCUUCUUGGGAAAGUGAAAUUAAUUUGUAUGAUGGAAAAGAUGAGCGAUUUGUAGAACAUACAAACAUAACUGGAUAAAAGCCCCGCCCCUCCCCACUUUUCAAACCACAUGCUAGUGUGUGUGUGUGUGUGUGCACGCCAAGAUAAGAUGCUAAUGAACAGAAUGAAUCUUAAAGGUAUAGAAUGAGCAAAAUGGCGGGCUUAUCUACAGGGAUAAAACAAGCGAUCAAGAGAGACUGUGGAAUUAGGGUUUGACGAUAAACAAUGAUAAUGUGUGGUAAAGGUAAAACUACCCUAGGCGAAGCUCGCUUUGCCUGUGUACGUGUGUGUGUUGUGUCACGUAAAAUGUAUAUGGAAUGAUGUAUUAAUAUAAGAUAUUUCAAGCGAUUACUAAUAAUGAUACAAUACAAACGCUUACACCGAACACACACGCGUACACAGCGAAAGAGACAAGGGUGAGAAAGGGUGCGUGUGUGGGGUGGGGGCGGAGGACUGGACUGGUUAUCACGAGAGGGAUUAAUGUAUUUAUGCGUAUAGCGUGUGCUAUCAUUUAAAAAUAUUCUAAUGAAAACAAAACAAAAAUACACAUACACACAGCACAAGAGUGUGCAUCCAUAAGUGAGUAAAAUAGAUGUGAACAGCUUAGACAAACAAACUCCGUGAGAAAACGCGAGAAAACGUGAGAAAAGGAAAAGGUUGAGCAGGCGAAGAUUUUUUUUUGUUGAAGUGUCAGCAGGUGAUUGUACCUGCGUACACUAGCAUAUGAACCGAAACGGUUUUUGGAACUUGAAAAAUAAAAUCAUUGUACUUUUCACAAAAGCAA